GGUAAUGCCACUCUAGAAUUUUAGAAAAAUGGAAAAAAUUUUGUUUUGCUUAAAUGAUGCCUUAGGGUCUUAGAAAUAAGGUAUAAUAAGUUUUAUAAGAACGAAAAGGUUUUAAGUGCUUAUUCCGUGAACUGCGGCUAAGCACCUUGCAGCGCACUCCGAGCCUCUUCCAAGAGCCUGUGUGUGGCGCGCUGCUGUAUGACUAUAUCUCCUGGAAUAAUAAAAGGGUCAACUUAUCUGUAGAUUCAAAGAUAUUGUAAGCUUGACAUUGAAUAUAGAUGACGCAAGUAGUAUAUAAAACCUAACAAUAUUUGUGUAUUAUUAGUACGACCGUUGAAGUAACAUUGAUCGCACAGCGCUUUGCUUUCUGUGGAAACAUUAUAUAAAUUUCGUUGUUCCUGAUUAGUUCUUAUAAAUUAACGGAAGAAAUGAGUAACAAGACCAUAGAAUAUCGUGAUCGAAAGGGAUCGAAAGGAAGCAUAGGAUAUACAAAGAGAUCAAAUAUAUCAAAAAGACGACCGUUGAAUAGAUUUGAAAUGGAGUCACCUCAGCCCGAGAGCGUUAGCACAUCUGCCAAAAAACUGAAGCUGUCUAAAGAUUGUUAUAACGUUGAAGUGGAUACAGCAUUUGGUUACCGUCUAUUGAACUUUAUCGCUGUUUUUUCUGCCAUUUCAGAAGUUGUAGUGUGUAAAACGUGCAAAUCAAAUGUAAAAUUUACCGAAACUGGCAAGCGUGGCUUAGGAUUUAAAAUCGUCAUUUCUUGUGAGAAUUGUGAACAAACUUUCAUUCCGAGUUGCCCAUUUGUUGAUAAAGGAUAUGAAAUUAAUCGCAGAAUUAUCUUUGCCAUGCGGUUAUUAGGAAUCGGUGUAAACGGAAUAGAAAAGUUUUGCGCUUUUAUGGAUCUUCCACGCCCGAUUUUUCAUUCUUUUUAUGAUAAAGUUGUCCGCACGAUUUCUGUCGCAACAGAAGCUGUUUGUCAACAAAGUAUGGAGAAAGCAACACAAGAGGAGAAGGCUAAGUCUAUUGAAAAUAAUGAAAUAAAUGGUAUAACUGUCUCAGGCGAUGGAACGUGGAGAAAACGCGGUUUUUCGUCUCUGUAUGGAUUGGUGUCGCUUAUCGGAUGGUUUAGUGGAAAAGUAAUUGAUAUUGUUGUGAAAUCUAAAUACUGUAAAGCUUGCGAAUUUUGGAAUAAAAAAACUGGUACUGAAGAGUAUGCAGAAUGGUUAGAGACUCACCCACAAGAAUGUCAAGCAAAUCACGAGGGGUCCGCCGGCAAAAUGGAAGCUGAUGCAGUUAUUGAAAUGUUUCAGCGCUCAGAAACUAAACAUUCUAUCAAAUAUGAAAAUUACAUUGGGGACGGAGAUUCAAAGACUUUCCAAAGUAUUUUAGAUGCACAGCCAUAUGAAAAAUUCACAGUAAACAAAAAGGAAUGUAUCAAUCACGUACAAAAACGAAUGGGCACUCGUCUCCGCAAUUUGAAAAGAACAACUAAAGGCCUCGGAGGAAAAGGCAAAUUAACCGGGAAGCUUAUAGACGAACUUUCGAUAUACUACGGACUAGCCAUUCGUCGAAAUCAUAGUUCUAUUGAAAAAAUGAAAAACGAAAUCUGGGCGACAUUGUACCAUAAGCUUUCGACCGAUGAUAAGCCGCAGCACGAGAAAUGCCCACCUGGUGAAAAUUCGUGGUGUUCGUGGCAGAAAGCGAAAGCCACCAAUUCUUUACAUAAAUAUUCGCAUAAGCCAGCUCUUCCACAACAUAUUUUUGAUACAAUAAAGCCAAUAUACGAGGAUCUAAGCAGAGACGAUCUCCUUAAUCGAUGCAUAGGCGGCUUUACUCAAAAUAGUAACGAGAGUUUCAAUGCAACGGUUUGGUCGGUGGCUCCGAAAUCAGUUUCAAGUGGCAAAACAAUUAUGGACAUUGCAGCAACUAUAGCCGUAUGUGUCUACAACGAUGGCUUGUCAAGUAUUAUGAAAAUUAUGGAGAUAUUAGGCAUAACAAUCGGGCCGAACUGCCAUAAUUUCUGCGCGGAUGCUGACACGCGCCGCAUCAAAUUUUCGGAGCGAUCGCUGACUGACGCUGCAAAAGAAGCUCGGUUGUCUUCACAAUCAGCCAGAAAGGAAAAAGAGGAAGAGAACAUCAAUGUAGAAGGUCAAUUGUAUGGUGCAGGCAUCGCAGACUAAAGAUAAAAAAUUCGACGAGAAAUCUUUCCGGCCGCAGAACACUACCCGUAAGAAGAAACUUUCUUUGCUGACCUCUGGCACCGCCAUUUUGUAAAAAAAA